GUGAAUUAAAUUGACAAGGAAAAUACGGUGAUUUAUGUCGAUAAGUUUGCGUUCGCCCCUCGAUCGAGUACCGUACUGAAAAUGAUUCAGUUAGCGACGAUAAAAUUCGGCAUCCACCAGAGAGUGAGCACUAAAACUCGCAUCCAGCGCGGUGAAAGUUCGGGAUCGUGUUCAGAAGAAGAUAUAAACAAUAUCACCGACGAUGUUCGAGACCGGCCUGAGGCGCAUAUGUGUCCGCGCUGCCAGGAACAGUUCGAAAAUCUUCACGAGUUCCUGUACCACAAGCGGCUCUGUGAUGAGAAAGCACUUCAGAUGGGCGAAGAGAGAAUGCACUCUGACCCAGAGGAUAUGGUCGUUUCGGGAGACGAAGAAAUGGAUGGCCCUAAUAAACGCUUAGAGCAAGUGAGGCGGCAUCGACAAGAUGCUGAAAACAAUAAUAGCCUCGAAGAUGGUGAGGCAGAAGUGCCUGAAGCCGAUGUGCCGCCGGUCGGACUCCCAUUUCCCGUAACCGGUCAUGUAACUCUUGAAGCUCUACAAAACACGAAAGUAGCUGUAGCUCAAUUUGCUGCGACCGCAAUGGCAAAUAAUGCUGAUAAUGAGGCAGCGUUACAUGAACUAGCCGUGUUACAAAGUACACUAUUCACACUGCAGCAUCAACAAGUAUUUCAGCUGCAGUUAAUAAGACAACUACAAAAUCAACUUUCGCUAACGCGACGGAAAGAUGACCAACUUCAUAGCCCACCACCGAGUGAACCAGAGCCUAAUGCACCUACGCCCACCGCUCGAACACCGUCGCCGCCUCGUCCGCCACGGGAGCCAACUCCUGCAGCUCCAAUUCCUCCUACUAGCCAAAGCUUGCCCUCUACCCACUCACAUAUAACUCCUAAAUCUGAACCAAUUUCCAUUCCAAAAAUUCCAAAUUCAUCACCACCAAUGAUGUCCCACCCUCCCUAUAGCUCCAUAUCAUCCUCGUUAGCAUCUUCUAUUAUAACAAAUAACGAUCCGCCGCCGUCUCUCAACGAACCAAAUACACUCGAAAUGCUACAGAAACGAGCGCAGGAGGUACUAGACAAUGCAUCACAAGGUUUAUUAGCAAAUAACCUUGCUGAUGAGCUCGCAUUCCGUAAAUCAGGCAAGAUGUCACCCUAUGAUGGAAAAUCUGGAGGAAGAAAUGAACCGUUUUUCAAACAUCGCUGCCGGUACUGCGGAAAAGUUUUUGGAAGUGAUUCGGCGCUGCAAAUCCACAUUCGAUCACACACAGGUGAAAGACCGUUCAAAUGUAAUGUAUGUGGAUCUCGUUUCACUACCAAAGGAAAUCUUAAAGUUCAUUUCCAAAGACACACAGCCAAGUUUCCACAUGUGAAGAUGAAUCCCAAUCCUAUACCAGAACAUUUGGAUAAAUAUCAUCCACCGCUACUAGCACAGUUGUCGCCGGGACCCAUUCCCGGUAUGCCACCUCAUCCAUUACAAUUCCCUCCUGGUGGGCCAGCUCCUUUUCCACCAAGCCUGCCACUGUACAGGCCACCACAUCACGAUUUAUUACCUCCUCGCCCACUAGGAGAUAAACCUCUUCCACCUCAUCCGCUGUUUGCGAUGCGAGAAGAACAAGAUGUUCCAGCUGAUCUCAGUAAGCCCUCGGCGCCGAGCCCAUCACGUUCCGCACCUGACAUGUUUAAGUCCGAGCCGCAAGAUGAAGAGAGCCAACGAGAUUCUAGUUUCGAAGAAACAGAUCGAGUAACACCUAAACGAGAACCUGAUGAAAAUGACCCUGUACAAGAUACAGAACAGGAUAGAUACCCAUCAACAUCUCCUUACGACGACUGCAGCAUGGACUCCAAAUACAGCAAUGAAGACCAAAUUGGGAGAGAAAGUCCACAACUGAAGCCUGACCCUGACCAACCGGAAAAUCUCUCAAGUUCGGAGAGCGGGCGGAGCGCGCGAGCCUCACCACCGUCGCCUACGAUGUCGACGCUGUCGACACCGCCGAGACUGCCACCGCACUCGCCGCUGCCUUCGCCGCCUGCGCCGCUUGCGGCGCUCGGUGCUCUUGGAGGAUCGCCCUUCAGCCCACUCGGACUCGCGUUCCCUCCCGCAGUGCGCGGCAACACAACAUGUAACAUCUGCUACAAGACGUUCGCCUGCAACUCGGCACUGGAGAUACAUUACCGGAGUCAUACCAAGGAACGGCCAUUCAAGUGUACCGUCUGCGAUCGUGGAUUUUCAACAAAGAGCAGUGGCGGCGGUUGCCAGUGCGGUAGGCGCGCGCGCGCGACCCGCCCGCCGCACGCCACUGCUUUGGAUUUCUGGAACGCCUUCGUCUACCCGGGUAAUAUGAAGCAACAUAUGCUGACACACAAGAUUCGGGAUAUGCCUCCCGGUUUCGACAAGAAUUCGAGCGGAUUGACCGGGGGCUCGAGCGAGGACGGUCGGGAUGGAAGCCCGGACCGGCGCUCCUCACCCGACAAGAUGGACCUGAAGCGGUCGCCGCCCGCGCACCCGCCGCCGCCCAUGCCGCAUGCACCACCGAUCGACAUGCCGCCACUGCCGAAACGACCUACUGUGCCCAGUGCUCCAUCGCACCCUCCACCACCGACUUCAUCCAAACAUUUAUGCGGGGUGUGCCGUAAGAAUUUCUCGUCAUCAUCAGCUCUCCAGAUCCACAUGCGCACUCACACUGGGGACAAGCCGUUCCGAUGUGCUGUCUGCCAAAAAGCCUUCACCACAAAAGGGAACUUAAAGGUGCAUAUGGGUACACAUAUGUGGAGCGGCGGCGCGUCGCGACGCGGACGGCGCAUGUCUUUGGAGCUGCCUCCGCGGCCGUUACAUGAACCCCACGAACUUCUGCGGAGGCCCGACCUCUUCUACCCGUACUUGCCUGCACCUUUCCUCAACGGCAUGCAGCAAAAGCUGAACGAAAUAUCAGUAAUACAGCAGAGUGCGGGACAGAACGGCGUAGCAGGGAAGUUCCCUGGAUUAUUAGGCUUCGGGGCGUUCGCUGGAGCAAGACCCGGUGCCGCAUCUCCACUCGAGAGGCCGCCGUCCCUGGAAGGCGGUGAUGAACGGCAAGCAGCUAUGCGUGAGCUGGCUGAACGUGGGCGCGAACUCGCCGAGCGGAGCAGGCAGAUGCGCGAAGAGAAUGACUACCGCUCCCCGCCCGCCCACGCUUCGCAUCCGCCACCGCCCACACAGCCGUCACCCCCAGCGCCCCACCACCAACACCCGCAUCCCCUGGCCUCGUUACCGCCACCGGCGCGUACCGAAGGCCUCACCGUAUAAACGGAAUUGCAUUAUGAAUAAUCGAACACAUUCCAAAAAUUCUCGAAUUGAACUGGUGGCCGUCGAAAAACUUCAACUUGAGACAGCGAGUGAUAUGCAACCGGAUAGUGUCAUGUCUAUAUUGUACAAAGAAUUAGUAAUAGGUAAACUUAUAUGAAAAUAAGGGACUGAUAAAUUUACGACGAAAUAAACGUCUGAUAUAGCAUAAUUAUAUGCAAAAUGUAGUGCUAUGUAACAAAUUGUUAUUCCACGUGUUAUAACGCCUAGUAUUACGAUAAGUAACUUAUAUGCACGAGUACGGGCCUGGGGCAAUCGGGGGCUCCACGCGAGCCCCACGUUUAUGUCAUUACUCUGUGAUAGUGCACAUUAGAGGCUGCGUCCUACGAACUGAAGCGAACGUUUUGGUAGUACUAUCGGAUAGGAUACCUAAUGUAGAUGCAGCCGCAUGUGCUAUGACAUCAAAAGUAAAUAUAAAUUAUCCCAAAAAUUAAUUAAAAUCCUAAAUAUAUAUCUUUAAACUGUAAAUAAUUGUAUAAUAGCGAUGAGCAUAAAAUAUAGUUAUAUAAUUAUAUUCAAGUGAAAAUUUUGAUUAUUAUCCUAAGUGAUAAUGGAGGGGCGAUAUGCAUGAUUUUUGUCUCCACAUUCCAACCAAUUGUAUUCAAACAUUUAAACCGUCAGGAUUAGGAGAUUUGUCAAAACAUAAAUGUAUCGAAUACCACACUAGAUAUACUUGUAAUUGAGACCUACUUUAGGUCAAGACGAGGUGUUUAAUAAACUUAAAUACAUUUAAGUAUUAAAGGUUAAUGACAUACCAACCUAUUCAUAUCAUGUAAAUUAAAAAAGUAUUUGCAUUUGAGGUCUACAUAGUUAUAAGUAUUUAGAGUCAUAGCUAUUAUAUCGCUUUAGAAUACUUCGACAUAUCGUUGUAAAAAUGUGAGCGACAGAUGUUAUGAGAAAAUGUAACUUCGUAAAGAGUAAUAAGUACUAUUGUAGAAUGUCGCCAACACUCUAAGCAGACUGAUCCACAGCCGUAUCUAUCCAAUUGUAUUAAUAUAGAUAUUUAUUUCCAAAUGUGCAUUUCUCAAUGCUUAUGAAUAGUAGUCUGAUAGUCGAUUUGAUAAUAAGUUUACGCGAAAUUAUGUUCACGAAUUAUGUGUUUUAUAUUUUCGAUACUGUAGUAAUUAUAUUAUGUGUAUAAAUGUCCUAUUAAAUUAUUUAUAAAUUUGAAAUCAUGCAUACACUCUUAGUAUUAAAUGACGCUUGUAAGGCGCUAGGCCUCGUACAACAAUUUAGUUGUCUAGAGUAAAAUUUCAUAGCACCUACAGUUAUUGAUUUUCAAGUUACAAAUAGAUGUAGAGAGUAGUAUUAGUCAUGAAUAUGAUGUGUCAUGUCAUGUCAGUAUAAAUAAUCAUUGUAAAUUAUUAAAUGUUUAUGUAAAUGUCCAAAAAGUAUUCAAAUUAUUUAAAAAAUGAAAAAUC